AUGUCGGAGCCCGGGGGCGGCGGCGGCGAGGAUGGCUCGGCCGGCCUGGAGGUGUCGGCGGUGCAGAACGUGGCGGACGUGGCCGUGCUGCAGAAACACCUGCGCAAGCUAGUGCCGCUGCUGCUGGAAGAUGGCGGCGAGGCCCCGGCCGCGCUGGAGGCGGCCCUGGAGGAGAAGAGCGCCCUCGAGCAGAUGCGCAAGUUCCUCUCGGACCCGCAGGUCCACACCGUCCUGGUGGAGAGGUCCACGCUCAAAGAGGAUGUUGGUGAUGAAGGUGAAGAAGAAAAAGAAUUUAUUUCCUAUAAUAUCAACAUUGACAUUCAUUAUGGACUUAAAUCCAAUAGCCUUGCAUUCAUUAAACGUACUCCAGUGAUUGAUGCCGACAAACCAGUAUCUUCUCAGCUUCGAGUUUUGACACUGAGUGAAGAUUCUCCGUAUGAGACAUUACAUUCUUUCAUUAGCAAUGCAGUGGCUCCAUUUUUUAAGUCCUACAUCAGAGAAUCUGGCAAGGCAGAUAGGGAUGGUGACAAAAUGGCUCCUUCAGUUGAGAAAAAGAUUGCAGAACUUGAGAUGGGGCUUCUUCAUUUGCAGCAGAAUAUUGAAAUUCCAGAAAUCAGCUUACCAAUUCAUCCAAUUAUUACAAAUGUUGCAAAACAGUGUUAUGAACGUGGAGAAAAGCCAAAGGUUACAGACUUUGGGGAUAAGGUUGAAGAUCCAACUUUUCUAAAUCAACUGCAGUCUGGAGUCAACCGUUGGAUACGAGAAAUUCAGAAAGUGACCAAACUAGACCGAGAUCCAGCAUCAGGAACUGCCUUACAGGAAAUAAGUUUUUGGUUAAACUUGGAACGUGCUUUGUACCGUAUUCAGGAAAAGCGCGAAAGCCCGGAGGUUCUUUUAACUCUGGAUAUUUUGAAGCAUGGCAAACGUUUUCAUGCAACAGUCAGCUUUGACACGGAUACAGGUCUGAAACAGGCUUUGGAAACUGUAAAUGACUAUAACCCUCUGAUGAAAGAUUUCCCUCUGAAUGAUUUGCUAUCUGCUACUGAACUUGACAAAAUAAGGCAGGCCCUGGUUGCAAUUUUUACCCACUUGAGAAAAAUCAGAAAUACUAAAUACCCUAUUCAGAGGGCCUUGCGUCUGGUGGAGGCCAUUUCAAGAGAUCUGAGUUCUCAGCUACUCAAAGUGCUGGGGACAAGAAAACUCAUGCAUGUGGCAUAUGAAGAAUUUGAAAAGGUCAUGGUUGCAUGCUUUGAAGUUUUCCAGACGUGGGAUGAUGAGUAUGAGAAAUUGCAGGUGCUUUUGAGAGACAUUGUCAAGAGAAAGAGAGAAGAAAACCUGAAGAUGGUCUGGAGGAUCAACCCCGCACACAGAAAACUUCAGGCCCGCCUUGACCAAAUGAGGAAGUUCAGGCGCCAGCAUGAGCAGCUGAGAGCUGUCAUCGUCCGCGUGCUCAGGCCACAAGUCACUGCUGUUGCCCAGCAGAGUCAAGGAGAUGUGCCCGAACCCCCAGAUAUGAAAGUAGCUGAAGUACUUUUUGAUGCUGCUGAUGCCAAUGCUAUUGAAGAAGUGAACCUCGCGUAUGAGAAUGUCAAGGAAGUGGAUGGGUUAGAUGUUUCUAAGGAAGGUACAGAAGCUUGGGAGGCAGCAAUGAAGAGAUAUGAUGAGAGAAUUGACAGGGUAGAAACCCGAAUCACUGCUCGCCUUCGGGAUCAACUUGGUACAGCCAAGAAUGCGAAUGAAAUGUUCAGAAUCUUCUCCAGGUUCAAUGCCCUGUUUGUCAGGCCUCACAUUCGUGGUGCCAUUCGUGAAUAUCAAACACAGCUAAUCCAGCGUGUGAAAGAUGACAUUGAAUCUCUUCAUGACAAAUUCAAGGUUCAGUACCCUCAAAGUCAAGCCUGCAAGAUGAGUCAUGUUCGUGAUUUGCCUCCCGUGUCUGGGUCCAUUAUCUGGGCUAAACAGAUCGAUAGACAGCUUACUGCCUACAUGAAACGGGUUGAAGAUGUCCUGGGCAAAGGUUGGGAGAACCAUGUUGAAGGUCAGAAGCUCAAGCAGGAUGGAGACAGUUUCCGCAUGAAGCUCAACACUCAGGAAAUAUUUGAUGAUUGGGCAAGGAAGGUGCAACAGCGUAACCUUGGCGUUUCUGGUCGUAUUUUCACCAUUGAAAGCACUCGGGUUAGAGGCCGGAGUGGAAAUGUUCUUAAACUCAAAGUUAACUUCCUUCCUGAGAUCAUUACACUUUCAAAAGAAGUUCGGAAUCUCAAGUGGCUUGGUUUCCGAGUUCCAUUGGCAAUUGUGAACAAGGCUCAUCAGGCAAACCAGCUUUAUCCAUUUGCUAUCUCUCUGAUCGAAAGUGUCCGAACAUAUGAGCGGACAUGUGAAAAAGUGGAAGAACGCAAUACCAUCUCCCUUUUGGUGGCUGGUCUAAAGAAAGAGGUGCAAGCACUGAUUGGAGAAGGCAUCGCCCUUGUGUGGGAAUCGUACAAACUUGACCCAUAUGUUCAGCGGCUGGCAGAGACCGUCUUCAACUUUCAAGAAAAGGUGGAUGAUCUGCUUAUUAUUGAGGAAAAAAUUGACCUUGAAGUUCGUUCCUUAGAAACUUGUAUGUAUGAUCACAAGACUUUCUCUGAGAUCUUGAAUAGAGUCCAGAAAGCUGUGGAUGACUUGAAUCUUCAUUCCUAUUCCAAUUUACCCAUUUGGGUCAACAAACUUGAUAUGGAGAUUGAAAGAAUACUAGGUGUUCGUUUGCAAGCUGGUCUCAGGGCUUGGACCCAAGUUCUUCUUGGACAGGCUGAUGAUAAAGCUGAAGUUGACAUGGAUACAGAUGCUCCUCAAGUUAGUCACAAACCGGGUGGCGAGCCAAAGAUUAAAAAUGUUGUUCAUGAAUUAAGAAUAACCAAUCAAGUGAUUUAUUUGAAUCCACCAAUUGAAGAAUGCAGAUAUAAGCUCUAUCAAGAAAUGUUUUCCUGGAAGACAAUAAUACUUUCACUUCCUAGAAUUCAGAGUCAGAGGUAUCAGGUGGGCGUACAUUAUGAACUGUCUGAAGAAGAAAAGUUCUACAGGAAUGCUUUAACACGGAUGCCUGAUGGCCCUGUCGCCCUCGAAGAGGCUUAUUCUGCAGUUGUGGGCAUUGUGACUGAAGUUGAGCAGUAUGUCAAGGUUUGGCUUCAGUAUCAGUGUUUAUGGGAUAUGCAGGCUGAGAACAUCUACAAUAGACUUGGAGAAGAUCUGAAUAAAUGGCAAGCUCUCUUGGUUCAAAUCAGGAAAGCCAGAGGAACUUUUGACAAUGCUGAAACUAAGAAAGAGUUUGGACCAGUAGUUAUAGAUUAUGGCAAAGUACAAUCUAAGGUGAAUUUGAAGUAUGAUUCUUGGCACAAAGAGGUCCUCAGUAAGUUUGGACAAAUGCUGGGGACUAACAUGUCAGAAUUCCAUUCACAGAUCUCAAAGUCUCGACAAGAAUUAGAACAGCAUUCUGUGGAUACAGCUAGCACAUCUGACGCUGUGACGUUUAUAACAUAUGUACAGUCUUUAAAACGGAAGAUCAAGCAGUUUGAGAAACAAGUUGAGCUUUACCGUAAUGGCCAGCGCUUGCUUGAGAAGCAGAGGUUCCAGUUUCCUCCAUCUUGGUUAUACAUUGAUAAUAUCGAAGGAGAGUGGGGAGCAUUCAAUGAUAUCAUGCGUCGCAAAGACUCUGCCAUUCAGCAGCAAGUAGCGAACCUCCAGAUGAAGAUUGUCCAAGAGGACAGGGCAGUGGAGAGCCGAACAACAGAUUUAUUGACAGAUUGGGAGAAAACGAAACCUGUUACUGGCAACCUUCGUCCAGAGGAGGCUCUCCAGGCACUUACGAUCUACGAAGGGAAGUUUGGGAGGCUGAAGGAUGACCGUGAGAAAUGCGCCAAGGCCAAAGAAGCUUUGGAGCUCACAGACACAGGCCUGCUCAGUGGCAGCGAAGAACGUGUACAGGUAGCUUUGGAAGAGUUACAGGACCUCAAAGGUGUUUGGUCUGAACUUUCUAAAGUCUGGGAGCAAAUUGACCAAAUGAAGGAGCAACCGUGGGUUUCAGUACAACCUCGAAAGCUUCGACAAAAUUUAGAUGCUCUUCUGAACCAGCUCAAAAAUUUCCCUGCCCGUUUACGUCAGUAUGCUUCCUAUGAAUUUGUCCAGAGGCUUCUGAAGGGCUACAUGAAGAUCAACAUGUUGGUGAUUGAACUGAAAUCAGAGGCACUUAAAGAUCGGCAUUGGAAGCAAUUGAUGAAGAGACUUCAUGUUAAUUGGGUUGUUUCUGAGUUAACCCUUGGCCAGAUCUGGGAUGUUGACCUGCAGAAAAAUGAAGCAGUUGUCAAAGAUGUCCUCCUUGUAGCACAAGGGGAAAUGGCUUUGGAAGAAUUUUUGAAACAGAUUAGAGAAGUAUGGAAUACCUAUGAAUUAGAUUUGGUCAACUACCAGAACAAGUGUCGCCUGAUUCGUGGGUGGGAUGACCUCUUCAAUAAGGUCAAAGAACACAUCAACAGUGUCUCUGCCAUGAAGUUAUCUCCGUAUUACAAGGUUUUUGAAGAGGAUGCUUUGAGCUGGGAAGACAAGCUCAAUCGGAUUAUGGCUCUCUUUGAUGUGUGGAUUGAUGUUCAGAGACGAUGGGUUUACCUUGAAGGCAUCUUUACAGGCAGUGCUGAUAUUAAGCACCUUCUGCCAGUGGAAACCCAAAGGUUCCAAAGCAUCAGUACAGAGUUUUUGGCGCUAAUGAAAAAGGUAUCAAAAUCCCCCCUUGUUAUGGAUGUUCUGAAUAUCCAGGGUGUGCAAAGGUCUUUGGAGAGGCUGGCAGACUUGCUUGGAAAGAUCCAGAAAGCAUUAGGAGAAUACCUGGAAAGAGAGAGAUCAUCCUUCCCAAGGUUUUACUUUGUUGGGGAUGAAGAUUUGCUUGAGAUAAUUGGAAACAGCAAGAAUGUGGCAAAAUUGCAGAAACACUUCAAAAAAAUGUUUGCUGGGGUUUCCAGCAUCAUUUUAAAUGAAGAUAACUCCAUCGUCUUGGGAAUUUCGUCACGUGAAGGAGAAGAGGUCAUGUUCAAAACUCCUGUGUCAAUCACAGAACAUCCCAAAAUCAAUGAAUGGCUCACACUGGUGGAAAAAGAAAUGAGAGUCACCCUAGCUAAACUUCUUGCGGAGUCUGUUACAGAAGUAGAAAUCUUUGGCAAGGCAACUUCAAUUGAUCCUAACACCUAUAUCACUUGGAUUGACAAGUACCAGGCCCAGCUUGUUGUUUUGUCAGCCCAGAUAGCCUGGUCUGAAAAUGUAGAAUCUGCACUGACCACCAUUGGAGGCGAGGGCGGUGAGUCAACAGCUCCUUUGCAGUCGGUGCUGAGCAAUGUUGAGGUCACCUUGAAUGUUCUAGCAGACUCAGUGCUAAUGGAACAGCCCCCAUUACGCAGAAGGAAAUUGGAACAUUUGAUUACAGAGUUAGUUCAUCAGAGAGAUGUUACAAGAUCCCUACUUAAAAGCAAGAUUGACAACUCUAAAUCCUUUGAAUGGCUUAGCCAGAUGAGAUUCUACUUUGAUCCUAAGCAGACUGAUGUGUUGCAACAGCUGUCUAUUCAAAUGGCUAAUGCCAAGUUUAACUAUGGUUUUGAGUACCUUGGUGUUCAAGAUAAAUUGGUCCAAACUCCACUUACUGACCGCUGCUAUUUGACAAUGACACAAGCCUUGGAGGCAAGACUUGGAGGAUCUCCAUUUGGUCCUGCUGGCACUGGCAAAACGGAAUCUGUCAAAGCUCUUGGACACCAGCUCGGGCGAUUUGUUCUUGUUUUUAACUGUGAUGAAACAUUUGAUUUCCAGGCAAUGGGGCGUAUCUUUGUGGGACUUUGCCAAGUGGGUGCUUGGGGCUGCUUUGAUGAGUUCAACAGACUAGAGGAGCGCAUGCUCUCGGCUGUGUCCCAGCAGGUUCAGUGCAUUCAGGAGGCCCUGCGAGAACAUUCGAAUCCAAACUAUGAUAAGACUUCUGCACCCAUUACUUGUGAAUUGUUGAACAAACAAGUCAAAGUGAGCCCUGAUAUGGCUAUCUUCAUCACCAUGAAUCCUGGCUACGCGGGCAGAUCAAAUCUUCCAGACAAUUUAAAGAAGUUAUUCCGAAGCUUGGCAAUGACGAAGCCAGAUCGCCAAUUGAUCGCCCAGGUCAUGUUGUAUUCCCAAGGCUUUCGCACUGCUGAAGUACUUGCCAACAAGAUUGUACCAUUCUUUAAACUAUGUGAUGAACAGCUUUCCUCUCAAAGUCAUUAUGAUUUUGGUCUUCGAGCUUUAAAGAGUGUUUUGGUAAGUGCAGGUAAUGUGAAGAGGGAGAGAAUUCAGAAGAUCAAAAGAGAAAAGGAAGAACGUGGUGAAGUAGUUGAUGAAGGGGAAAUUGCUGAAAAUCUACCAGAGCAAGAGAUUCUAAUUCAGAGUGUCUGUGAAACAAUGGUACCAAAGCUUGUAGCAGAAGAUAUUCCUUUGCUCUUCAGUCUUCUCUCUGACGUAUUUCCUGGGGUCCAGUAUCAUCGUGGUGAGAUGACAGCACUACGAGAAGAGCUCAAGAAAGUUUGUCAGGAAAUGUACUUGACCUAUGGUGAUGGAGAAGAAGUUGGUGGAAUGUGGGUUGAAAAGGUUCUUCAGCUCUAUCAGAUUACCCAAAUAAAUCAUGGUUUGAUGAUGGUAGGGCCUUCAGGAAGUGGAAAGAGUAUGGCGUGGAGGGUUCUCCUGAAAGCACUGGAAAGAUUAGAAGGUGUGGAAGGGGUAGCACACAUCAUUGAUCCCAAAGCAAUUAGCAAGGAUCAUCUUUAUGGUACCCUGGAUCCAAAUACUCGAGAAUGGACAGACGGGUUGUUCACACAUGUUCUCAGAAAAAUCAUCGAUAAUGUAAGAGGUGAGCUGCAGAAACGCCAGUGGAUCAUCUUUGACGGAGAUGUUGAUCCUGAGUGGGUUGAGAACUUGAACUCUGUACUAGAUGACAAUAAACUACUGACUUUGCCAAAUGGAGAGCGCCUCAGUCUUCCACCCAAUGUUAGAAUUAUGUUUGAAGUACAAGAUUUGAAAUAUGCAACACUGGCCACAGUAUCAAGAUGCGGAAUGGUCUGGUUUAGUGAAGAUGUUCUGAGUACUGACAUGAUAUUCAAUAACUUUCUGGCCAGACUGCGAAGCAUCCCCUUGGAUGAAGGUGAAGAUGAAGCCCAGCGUAGACGGAAGGGAAAAGAGGAUGAAGGUGAAGAAGCUGCUUCACCAAUGUUGCAGAUCCAGAGAGAUGCAGCAACAAUCAUGCAGCCAUACUUCACAUCUAAUGGAUUGGUCACUAAGGCACUUGAGCAUGCUUUCAAGUUGGAACACAUCAUGGACCUCACUCGGUUACGAUGUCUUGGCUCCCUUUUCUCCAUGUUGCAUCAGGCUUGCCGAAAUGUUGCCCAGUACAAUGCAAACCAUCCUGACUUUCCCAUGCAAAUAGAUCAACUAGAACGUUAUAUUCAGAGAUACUUGGUUUAUGCCAUAUUAUGGUCUUUAUCUGGAGAUAGUCGUCUGAAAAUGAGAGCUGAGCUGGGUGAAUAUAUCAGAAGAAUUACUACCGUGCCAUUGCCCACUGCACCUAAUAUACCCAUAAUUGAUUAUGAAGUUUCUAUUACUGGCGAAUGGGCACCAUGGCAGUCCAAGGUUCCUCAGAUUGAAGUAGAGACACACAAAGUUGCUGCUCCUGAUGUUGUUGUACCAACCUUAGACACAGUCCGUCACGAAGCACUCUUGUAUACCUGGCUAGCAGAGCAUAAGCCUUUAGUCCUGUGUGGGCCACCAGGUUCUGGAAAGACUAUGACUCUUUUUAGUGCUCUCAGGGCUUUGCCUGAUAUGGAGGUUGUUGGGCUUAACUUCUCAAGUGCUACUACUCCAGAGCUCCUUCUAAAGACCUUUGAUCACUACUGUGAGUACAGGCGUACACCAAACGGAGUGGUGUUGGCCCCAGUUCAGCUUGGAAAGUGGUUGGUUUUGUUUUGUGAUGAAAUCAACUUGCCAGAUAUGGAUAAAUAUGGAACACAGAGGGUCAUAUCAUUUAUCAGACAGAUGGUAGAACAUGGAGGAUUCUACCGAACAUCUGAUCAAACAUGGGUGAAACUGGAGAGAAUUCAGUUUGUUGGAGCUUGUAAUCCACCUACUGAUCCUGGAAGAAAGCCUCUUUCACACAGAUUUUUACGCCAUGUACCAGUAGUGUAUGUGGAUUAUCCAGGACCUGCAUCACUAACUCAGAUAUAUGGCACAUUUAACCGAGCAAUGCUGAGACUCAUUCCAUCUCUUCGAACAUAUGCAGAACCUCUUACAGCUGCAAUGGUUGAGUUCUAUACAAUGUCUCAGGAGAGAUUUACUCAGGACACUCAGCCUCAUUACAUCUAUUCACCCCGUGAAAUGACCCGAUGGGUAAGGGGUAUCUUUGAAGCCUUAAGACCUUUGGAGACUUUACCUGUGGAAGGACUUAUUCGAAUUUGGGCACAUGAAGCUCUCCGUCUCUUCCAAGACAGACUCGUGGAAGAUGAGGAGAGACGUUGGACUGAUGAGAAUAUUGAUAUGGUAGCUCUAAAGCACUUCCCUAACAUUGACAAAGAAAAAGCCAUGAGCAGGCCCAUCUUAUAUAGCAACUGGUUGUCAAAGGAUUACAUCCCAGUGGAUCAAGAAGAGUUGAGAGAUUAUGUCAAAGCUCGGCUGAAAGUAUUCUAUGAAGAAGAACUUGAUGUGCCUCUGGUGCUGUUUAAUGAAGUUUUAGAUCACGUCCUGAGGAUUGACCGAAUUUUCCGUCAGCCUCAAGGUCAUUUGCUGCUUAUUGGAGUUAGUGGAGCAGGAAAGACUACUCUUUCCAGAUUUGUUGCUUGGAUGAAUGGUUUAAGCGUCUAUCAGAUUAAGGUCCACAGAAAGUAUACUGGUGAAGAUUUUGAUGAAGAUCUCAGGACUGUGUUGAGACGUUCUGGCUGUAAAAAUGAGAAGAUAGCAUUCAUCAUGGAUGAGUCCAAUGUACUGGAUUCUGGGUUCCUGGAGCGAAUGAACACCCUCCUUGCCAACGGAGAGGUUCCUGGUCUCUUUGAAGGAGAUGAGUAUGCUACCCUUAUGACCCAAUGUAAAGAGGGCGCACAGAAAGAAGGUUUAAUGCUGGAUUCACAUGAAGAAUUGUAUAAAUGGUUCACUAGCCAAGUUAUCCGCAAUCUCCAUGUUGUGUUUACCAUGAAUCCAUCUUCUGAGGGACUGAAGGACAGAGCAGCUACUUCACCUGCUCUUUUCAAUAGGUGUGUGCUCAACUGGUUUGGGGACUGGUCCACUGAAGCCCUCUAUCAAGUCGGCAAAGAAUUCACUAGUAAAAUGGACCUUGAGAAGCCAAAUUAUGUCGUGCCAGAUUAUAUGCCAGUUGUUUAUGACAAGCUACCGCAGCCGCCGUCCCAUCGGGAAGCCAUCGUGAAUAGCUGUGUGUUUGUUCAUCAGACUCUUCACCAGGCUAAUGCUCGUUUAGCAAAACGAGGAGGCAGAACUAUGGCAAUCACACCUCGUCAUUAUUUAGACUUCAUCAACCAUUAUGCUAAUCUGUUCAAUGAAAAACGCAGUGAAUUGGAAGAACAGCAAAUGCACUUGAAUGUUGGCCUUAGAAAAAUCAAAGAAACAGUUGACCAGGUGGAGGAGCUGCGUCGGGACUUGAGGAUAAAAAGCCAGGAGCUGGAAGUCAAGAAUGCUGCUGCUAAUGACAAGCUAAAGAAGAUGGUGAAAGAUCAGCAGGAGGCAGAAAAGAAAAAGGUUAUGAGCCAAGAAAUUCAGGAACAGCUGCACAAGCAGCAGGAAGUGAUCGCUGACAAGCAGAUGAGCGUAAAGGAAGACCUUGAUAAAGUGGAGCCUGCCGUCAUUGAAGCACAGAACGCUGUAAAAUCAAUAAAGAAGCAACACCUGGUAGAGGUCCGCUCUAUGGCAAACCCCCCUGCAGCGGUGAAGCUGGCCCUAGAGUCCAUCUGUCUGCUGUUGGGUGAAAGCACCACUGACUGGAAACAGAUACGUUCCAUCAUUAUGAGGGAAAACUUCAUACCAACUAUUGUAAACUUUUCUGCUGAGGAGAUCAGCGAUGCCAUAAGGGAAAAGAUGAAGAAGAAUUACAUGUCAAAUCCAAGUUACAAUUACGAAAUUGUAAACAGAGCAUCCUUGGCUUGUGGUCCCAUGGUUAAAUGGGCAAUUGCACAGCUUAACUAUGCAGACAUGCUAAAGCGAGUAGAGCCCUUGCGGAAUGAGUUGCAGAAACUAGAAGAUGAUGCCAAAGACAACCAGCAGAAAGCUAACGAGGUGGAACAGAUGAUACGGGACCUGGAAGCUAGCAUUGCUCGGUACAAGGAGGAGUAUGCUGUGCUGAUCUCAGAGGCCCAGGCAAUUAAAGCGGACCUCGCUGCUGUGGAAGCAAAAGUCAACCGAAGUACGGCUCUCCUCAAGAGCUUGUCUGCUGAGCGUGAACGCUGGGAGAAAACGAGUGAAACCUUCAAGAACCAGAUGUCUACAAUCGCAGGAGACUGUCUGUUGUCCGCUGCCUUCAUUGCAUAUGCUGGCUAUUUUGACCAACAGAUGCGCCAAAACUUAUUUACUACUUGGUCCCAUCACUUACAGCAAGCGAAUAUACAGUUCCGUACAGAUAUUGCAAGGACAGAAUAUCUUUCAAAUGCUGAUGAGCGGCUUCGCUGGCAAGCAAGUUCAUUACCUGCAGAUGAUUUGUGCACUGAAAAUGCAAUCAUGCUUAAACGGUUUAAUAGAUAUCCAUUGAUCAUUGAUCCUUCUGGACAAGCCACAGAAUUCAUUAUGAAUGAAUAUAAAGAUCGGAAAAUUACUCGAACAAGCUUUUUGGAUGAUGCUUUCAGAAAGAAUUUAGAAAGUGCACUGAGAUUUGGUAACCCCCUUCUUGUCCAGGAUGUGGAGAGCUAUGACCCAGUUUUGAAUCCGGUGCUGAAUCGUGAAGUCCGGAGAACAGGUGGAAGAGUACUGAUUACCCUUGGCGAUCAGGAUAUAGACUUGUCUCCAUCAUUUGUCAUCUUCCUGUCUACCAGAGACCCAACAGUUGAAUUCCCGCCAGAUCUCUGUUCUCGUGUGACAUUUGUGAACUUCACAGUAACCCGAAGCAGUUUACAAAGCCAGUGUCUGAAUGAGGUUCUUAAAGCAGAGAGACCUGAUGUGGAUGAAAAACGUUCUGAUCUCCUUAAACUUCAAGGUGAAUUCCAGUUGCGUCUACGCCAGUUAGAAAAGUCUCUGCUACAAGCUCUUAAUGAGGUUAAGGGACGUAUUUUAGACGAUGACACCAUCAUUACUACCUUGGAGAAUCUGAAAAAGGAAGCAGCAGAGGUCACUCGAAAAGUAGAAGAAACUGACAUCGUCAUGCAGGAAGUUGAAACUGUUUCCCAGCAAUAUCUACCACUUUCUACUGCCUGUAGCAGUAUUUACUUUACCAUGGAGUCAUUGAAACAGAUACACUUCUUGUAUCAAUAUUCCCUUCAGUUUUUCCUGGAUAUUUAUCACAAUGUCUUAUAUGAGAAUCCAAACUUAAAGAGCAUUACUGAUCACACCCAGCGACUCUCAAUCAUUACCAAGGAUCUCUUCCAGGUGGCUUUUAACAGAGUGGCCAGAGGCAUGCUACAUCAAGACCACAUCACCUUUGCAAUGCUUUUAGCAAGAAUUAAACUGAAGGGCACUAUUGGGGAGCCUACCUAUGAUGCUGAAUUCCAGCACUUCUUGAGAGGGAAAGAAAUCGUACUUAGCACUGGUGUUGUUCCCAAAAUUAAUGGAUUGACUGUAGAACAGACAGAAGCAAUGAUGAGACUGAGCUACCUUCCUGCAUUUAAAGAUCUAGUUGCAAAAGUUCAAGCCGAUGAGCAAUUCUGCAUUUGGUUAGACAGCAGCUCCCCAGAGCAGACUGUGCCCUACCUCUGGAGUGAAGAAAAGCCUGCAACCCCCAUUGGUCAGGCCAUUCACCGCCUGCUGCUGAUCCAGGCUUUCCGCCCUGAUCGACUUCUAGCCAUGGCUCAUAUGUUUGUUUCCACAAAUCUCGGUGAAUCUUUCAUGUCCAUUAUGGAGCAGCCAUUAGAUCUGACACACAUUGUGGAUACUGAGGUGAAGCCAAACACUCCUGUCCUGAUGUGUUCUGUGCCUGGUUAUGAUGCCAGUGGACACGUGGAAGAUCUUGCAGCCGAACAGAACACACAGAUUACAUCCAUUGCAAUCGGCUCUGCUGAAGGCUUUAAUCAAGCAGAUAAAGCAAUCAACACAGCAGUCAAGUCUGGCAGGUGGGUGAUGCUGAAAAAUGUCCAUCUGGCCCCAGGAUGGCUGAUGCAGCUGGAGAAGAAGCUUCAUUCUCUGCAGCCCCAUGCCUGUUUCAGACUCUUCCUCACAAUGGAGAUCAAUCCUAAGGUGCCUGUGAACUUGCUUCGUGCUGGACGCAUCUUUGUGUUUGAGCCUCCUCCCGGUGUAAAAGCCAACAUGCUGAGGACCUUCAGCAGUAUUCCUGUGUCAAGAAUAUGCAAGUCUCCCAAUGAGCGUGCCCGCUUGUAUUUCCUUCUGGCCUGGUUCCAUGCAAUCAUCCAAGAGCGCUUGAGAUACGCACCCCUGGGCUGGUCAAAGAAGUAUGAGUUUGGAGAAUCUGAUUUACGCUCUGCCUGUGAUACAGUAGACACGUGGCUUGAUGAUACGGCAAAGGGACGACAGAACAUUUCUCCUGAUAAGAUCCCCUGGUCAGCUCUGAAGACACUGAUGGCCCAGUCCAUUUAUGGAGGACGUGUUGAUAAUGAAUUUGACCAACGUUUGCUGAAUACUUUCCUGGAGCGUUUAUUUACAACUAAAAGCUUUGACAGUGAAUUUAAACUGGCCUGCAAGGUUGAUGGGCACAAAGACAUUCAAAUGCCAGACGGCAUCAGACGAGAAGAAUUCGUGCAGUGGGUUGAACUGCUUCCGGAUACCCAGACACCUUCGUGGCUUGGCUUACCAAAUAAUGCCGAGAAAGUCCUUCUCACCACCCAGGGCAUUGACAUGAUCAGUAAAAUGCUGAAGAUGCAGAUGUUGGAGGAUGAAGAUGACCUAGCUUAUGCAGAAACAGAGAAGAAGACUCGCACAGAUUCCACCUCUGAUGGCCGCCCAGCUUGGAUGAGAACUCUCCAUACCACUGCGUCCAACUGGCUGCAUCUCAUACCGUUGACUCUGAAUCACCUGAAACGAACUGUAGAAAACAUUAAGGACCCUCUAUUCAGAUUCUUUGAGAGAGAAGUGAAAAUGGGAGCCAAGUUACUCCAAGAUGUCCGCCAGGAUCUUGCUGAUGUGGUUCAGGUGUGUGAAGGAAAAAAGAAGCAAACCAACUAUCUCCGGACACUUAUAAAUGAACUGGUGAAAGGUAUCUUGCCCCGGAGCUGGUCCCACUACACGGUGCCUGCCGGCAUGACGGUUAUUCAGUGGGUUUCAGAUUUCAGUGAACGAAUUAAACAGCUUCAGAAUAUUUCCCUGGCAGCGGCCUCUGGUGGGGCAAAAGAACUGAAGAAUAUCCACGUGUGCCUUGGUGGCCUGUUUGUUCCAGAGGCUUAUAUUACAGCCACCAGACAAUAUGUGGCCCAAGCAAAUAGCUGGUCCCUGGAGGAGCUUUGCCUGGAAGUCAAUGUCACCACUGCCCAGAAUGCUGUGUUGGAUGCCUGCAGCUUUGGAGUCACAGGUUUGAAGCUUCAGGGAGCCACAUGCAACAAUAACAAAUUGUCUCUCUCCAAUGCAAUUUCAACCAUACUACCUAUAACCCAGCUUCGUUGGAUCAAACAGACAAAUGCAGAGAAAAAAGCUAAUGUGGUCACCUUACCUGUCUAUCUGAACUUCACCCGGGCAGAUCUCAUCUUUACUGUAGACUUUGAAAUUGCUACCAAGGAAGACCCUCGGAGCUUCUAUGAGCGCGGUGUGGCAGUCCUAUGCACGGAGUGAUCUCCUGCCGGUCUUCACUCUCGAUUCGUGCCCUCAUGGCACCUAAAAUACUGUUUUUCAUGCUUAAGUUGUGUUCAGAGGGUUAUGGAUUGUAUGAAAAGGGAUUUGUGUAAGUGGGUAAAUGGGAGAUUGGAGGCAUAGAAGUGACAGUGAGAAGGCACAAGGAAACAGUGGUUUGAGAUACAGUUUUUAUAUUGUGAAAUAAAAUUUUCAAGCAUGA